AUGUCUGAAGCAAGAAAUCAAGGCGCGGGGGCCACGGAAUGUCCUUUCAGACCUGGCAGCACCGCACAAUCUUCACAGGCGACAUCAGAAAGGCAACGAAUCAAGGAAGAUGAACUACUCCCUAUUCCCCAGCCUCCAGUCCAUUGGUUUGUUCGAAAUAUGCCCGAGAUUGAACCUUCUUUCCCCGCGAGCUCGAAUUGGCGACUCGCUUCCCUGUACGGUGACAUUGUCAAACUUGAUCUCGUUGGAGAUACGGCCGUGAUAAUCUCUUCGUACGAGCUUGCCAACGAGGUCUAUGACGAAGCGCGCUUUGAAAAGACGGUAUCGGGAGGCCUCAAGGAAUUGCGCGCUGUCAUCGGCGAUGGCCUCUUCUCGGCCUAUCCUCACGAGAAGGCCUGGUAUAAAGCGCAUCGUAUCUUGAUGCCAGUUUUCGGUCCGCUGUCCAUCCGCAAGAUGUUCCCCCAGAUGCAAGACAUGAUUUCUCAAAUGGUAUUGCGAUGGGACAGACUCGGCGCAGGAAACGAAAUAACAUGCGCUGACGACUUCACAAUAUGUAUCCCACACAGACUGGCUUUUGAUACGAUCGCCUAUUGUGCAUUUUCGUACCGCUUCAAUAGCUUUUAUCGAGAUGUCACACAUCCGUUCGCUGAGCAGAUGGCCGCCACCUUGAUCGAGGCAGGAAAGCGGGCAAGCCGGACGAACAUCGAGAACACCCUGAGGGUGUUCUCGGCGGCCGAGACCCAGAAGAAGGUGGAGAGCAUGUGGAAGCUGUGCGACGAGCUCGUCGCCGAGCGCAAGCAAAACCCGAGACCGGACGUUCAUGAUGUCCUCAACGCCAUGCUGAAUACUGCAGAUCCGGAAACAGGCGAGAAGAUGUCGGACGAGAACAUUCGCUUCAAUAUGUUGACCUUCCUGAUUGCCGGCCACGAAACUACGAGUGGUACACUUUCGUUCCUGUUCUACAACUUUCUUCAAAAUCCAGAUACGCUUCACAAGGCGCAAGCGGAAGUUGAUCGGGUUGUUGGUGAUAAGAUCCUAGAGCCCAGUCAUCUUCCUCAGCUCAAGUACUGCAAAGCCUGCAUCCAGGAGACACUGCGAGUCCUGGGUCCGAUCACACAGAACGCGCUUCACGCCAAAGAAGACACGGUAAUCGGCGGCAAGUACAAGGUCAGCAAGGACUGGACUCUGCGCGUCAACCUUCGAGGGGUCCAUCAUGACACCAGGGUCUGGGGCCCCGACGCGGACGAGUUCAAGCCCGAGCGUAUGCUGGACGGGGGGUUCGAGAGGAUCCCGCCGAACGCCUGGAAGCCGUUCGGCAAUGGCGCGCGCGCAUGUAUCGGCCGUUCCCUGGCGGAGCAAGAAAUGAUGAUGGCGGUCGCGAUGGUUCUGCAGAGAUUCCAGGUCGAGAUGGCAGACCCCAGCUAUAAUUUACACUUGAAAAGCACCUUGACAGUGAAGCCAGACGACUUCAAGAUCAAGGUCAAUCGUCGUCCCGGAAAGGAUGCUUACGUGGGCAUUCCGGGCUCUAUACCUGCCUCGGCACGAGAAGGUGUCCGUGAGAAACCGGCAAAGUCCAGUGGCCAAGUAGAUGGUGCAGCACCCGGGAAUCAAUUGCUGAUACUUUAUGGAUCCAAUGCCGGCACCUGCAAAUUCCUUGCUGAGGACUUGCAGACAAUGGCCAAAGCACAGGGCAUGAAUGCACAGAUCAAGACCCAGGACGAGGCAACUGAGCAUCUCCCGAAGAAGACGCCUGUUGUGAUAAUCACGCCAUCUUAUGAGGGCAAACCCGCCGACAAUGCUCGGAAAUUCGUGGCGUGGAUCCAAACUCUCGGAUCUGGUGCACUUGACAACGUCCAAUUUGGGGUCUUUGGCGUGGGAAAUAGCGAGUGGGCCAACACUUUCCACAAGAUCCCUAAGCUGAUCAGUGACACCUUGCCCAAGCUGGGUGCCAAGUCCAUCAUCAAGUCUGGGUUCGCCGAUGUCAAAGAGGACAUAGUGGGCCCUUGGGAGGAUUGGCGAGACGAGUUCCUGUCUUCAGUCGGCGAUGAGAAACAACCGAUCGAGGCCCCUGAGCUUUCAGUCCAGUUCGGCAAGCCAACCAUGGCCAAUAAGCUGGCCGGAGACGACGUGCUUGAAGCGCUGGUCAAGAAGAAUAUCGAGAUCUCUAAAGCCGGUAUUGGUGCUGCCAAGAGACAUAUAGAGCUCGAGUUGCCCAGAGGGGUAUCCUACGAACCUGGAGACUACCUCGUGGUUCUGCCUACAAACCCACCUGAACUUAUAAAGCGUGUCGCACGCAGAUUCAACCUCAAUAUCGACGACACCCUGACCAUUGGUGGUACUAGCAAAGAUUUUCUGGUCGGCGGAGGCACCAUCAAUGUGGUGGACCUCUUGUCCUCCCGCGUCGAGCUGAGCACUCCCGCUUCCAAACGUCAAGUACAGACGCUAUCGGGAACCGCCAAGGAUGAAGAGCGAAAGAGACUCGCAGAGAUGGCUUCCUCGGACGAAGCGUUCAACGACCAGGUACUGGGCCAGCGGCGGUCCGUCCUAGACCUGCUGGAAGACUUCCCCAGCUCCGUGCUCUCAUUUGCCCAGUACCUCGACAUGCUGAAACCGCUGGCGCCACGCCAAUACUCCAUUUCCUCCUCGCCGCUGGCGUCGGAGCUGAAGCAGCAGCACCAAGAAACAAAGCCCGGCAGCGACGACGCCCUCGACUACCACCCCACCAUCGCGUCCAUCACCUACGACGUGUACUCGGCGCCGGCGCGCAGCGGCCACGACCGGCUCUUCCAGGGCAUAUCGUCGACGUACCUGGCGUCGCACGGGCCGGGGAGCAAGGUGCGGUGCUACGUGCGGCGGUCCAACUCGGGCUUCCACCUGCCGGCGGACCUGACGCUAACCCCGGUCAUCAUGGUCUGCGCGGGCACGGGCCUGGCGCCGUUCCGCGGCUUCGUGCAGGAGCGCGCCUGCGUAGUCGAUGCGUCGUCGAGACGCCUCCCGCCCGCCCUGCUGUAUUUCGGCUGCCGCGACGCCGCCAAGGACUUCUUGUACCGCGACGAGUUCGCGGCGUGGGAGCGUCUGGGCGCUGUGAGCAUGCGGCCCGCGUUCUCCCGCGCGGGAGAGGGGACCGGCGGGUGGAAGUAUGUCCACGACCGCAUGUGGGACGAAAGGGAGGAAUUGAGGAGGUUGUUCAAAGACCAGGGCGCCAAGUUGUAUGUUUGCGGAUCCGCAUCGAAACUUGCCAAGAGCGUGGCGGAUGUCACUAUGCGUAUCUGGUUGGAGGUAAAUCCGGGGAAGAGCGAGGCCGAUGCGAGGGAGUGGCUUGACAGUAUCAGGGAGGCGAGGUAUGUUAGUGAUGUCUUUGGCUAA